AUGCCAUUCCUUCACAAUCACACCGCCACUCAUCAAUCACUUGAUCAAGAUUACCAUAUACAAAACACUAUCGUUCAACCAGAGCUGGAGUACAUUGAAAACGCCGAGAAUGAAGUUACAAGUAGUUUAGAAGGGUAUUUCAGCAAACAUGUUGUGAGCAACAGAACAGCAAGAGAUGCAAAUAACCCGUGCUUUGACUAUACCGAGAGAAAGUGGGAUUCAUGCAGGCAAAAGUAUGUCUUCGAGGUCCAUUGUCAUAGUACGCACGCUGCCUGUUAUGGAGCGCUGGCUCAAGGAUAUAGUUACCCCGCCUGUAAAGUAGUGAUUGGCUAUCCACAAGCUAAAUUCAUUUCAAAAUGUAAUGCUUUACAGAUAGACUGUCAAUGUGCAGCGUAA